UACAUCUUUUUAUCCUUGCUCACAACAUUAAAAUAGUGCCCCUCCAACUAUUACGCACAAGCAUUUUUAUUGACCCGUGUGUGGGUGGAAGGAACCGCUUCUCCGAGAGCUGCUGCGCCGCUCCACGCAGCUCGCAUCCUCCGGCCGUGCAGCCCCGUCGUGAGUCUGAUGAGGCGCAGUUCAGGCACCAUCACCGGCGGAGCGAUACCACCAUCUCCUCACAGCCUCGGUUUAUCAGACGGAGAGUGUGUGGCUCGCCGUACCUGAGUUAACGUGUCCGUCAUGCACUAUCGGAAAGGGGGGCAGAGGGUCCAAACUGGACCGAGAGACCAGCUGCCUUUGAUGCGCUGAAAUGCAGAGCCGUGUCGCUCUCGCGUCAAGAAUUAUUUCCCUGGGCUGGCUGCCGCGGUUGUUUUGCAACUGAUGAAGAUUUAUUUAUUUAUUUUAUUCUUAUUUGGAUGCGCUUCUGUGGAUGAAUAGGUUCCUUCUGGCGCUCAUGGUGUAGUGAGAGAGUCAUCGUCGGCACUGGCAAGCAGCUGCUGUUGUCGGGGCUCGUUGGCAUGCAUUCCCCCUGAGCUUGGCGACGCCUCCCUCGGUGGUGUGGUGGCAGGAUGCCAGUGCAGGCGGCCCAGUGGACAGAGUUUCUGUCCUGUCCCAUCUGCUACAAUGAGUUUGACAGCAGCGGCCACCAGCCCAUCAGCCUGGGCUGCUCCCACACAGUGUGUAAGACCUGCCUCCACAAACUGCACCGCAAGGCCUGCCCCUUCGAUCAGACACCAAUCAGCACCGAUAUCGACUUGCUGCCGGUCAACUGUGCCCUGCUGCAGCUGGUCGGGGCUCAGGUCCCAGAUGUGCAACAGGUGAGCCUGAGCAGCGCAGCAGAAGUUGAGAACUACGAGGUGUGCAAGGUGUGCUUGGAAGAGCUGGCUCUCUACCUAAAACCUAUCAGCGGAGCAAAAGGUGUGGCGACUUUGAGUCCAAGCGUGCUCAGUCGGCCCAUGCAGAGGAAGCUGGUGACCUUGGUGAACUGCCAGCUGGUGGAGGAAGAGGGCCGUGUGCGGGCGGUGAGGGCGGGCCGGUCGCUGGGGGAACGAACCGUAACCGAGCUCAUCCUGCAGCACCAGAACCCACAGCAGCUCUCUGCCAACCUGUGGGCAGCUGUGAGGGCGCGGGGCUGCCAGUUCCUGGGACCUGCUAUGCAGGAAGAUGCUCUGAAGCUAGUUUUACUGGCUCUGGAGGACGGCUCAGCGUUGUCCAGAAAGGUGUUGGUUUUGUUCGUGGUCCAAAAGCUCGAGGCUCGGUUCCCCCAGGCCUCCAAAACCAGCAUAGGACACGUGGUGCAGCUUCUGUACAGGGCCUCCUGCUUCAAGGUCACUAAGCGGGAUGAAGACUCCUCACUGAUGCAGCUGAAGGAAGAGUUUCGAACGUAUGAGGCUCUCCGGAGAGAACAUGAUGCUCAGAUCGUCCACAUUGCCAUGGAGGCGGGCCUACGAAUUUCACCCGAACAGUGGUCUUCUCUGCUGUACGGAGACCUGGUCCACAAGUCACAUAUGCAGUCUAUUAUUGACAAGUUGCAGUCUCCAGAGUCGUUUGCGAAGAGCGUUCAGGAGCUAACAAUCGUUCUGCAGAGGACAGGAGACCCCGCCAACCUCACAAGCCUUAGACCUCAUCUAGAGCUCCUAGCCAACAUAGACCACAACCCAGAUGCCCCGGCACCAUCAUGGGAGGAGUUGGAAAGUGUGAUGCUAGCUGUGAAGUUGGUGGUUCAUGGACUAGUGGAAUUCAUACAGAACUUCAGCAAGAAGAGCCACGAUGCUCCUCAGCCUCAGGCCAACAGCAAGUACAAGACCAGCAUGUGUCGAGACCUUCGUCAGCAAGGAGGCUGUCCGAGAGGAACCAACUGUACAUUUGCACACACACAGGAUGAGCUUGAGAAAUUUAGACUGAGAAACAAAAAGAGCAGCAGCGUGGGCCGCACAUUCCCGUUAGCACCGGGGGUUAUGGGUAAAACCUUCACCAUGGAGGGCAGCAUCCACACAGACGUGUCUACAGACAUGGGGCAGGGCCUCAAAUGCACAGGGGACAACGCAGACUCCCUGACAGAGGGAGUGUCCAGCCUGACUCACCCCCAACUCAUCUCCAGAGGGGCUGACAUGAUGGAGGAAAUGAGUAGAGCGGCGCCAAAUGUAUCUAAUGCGGCGAACGGAUCCAACGGGCUAUCUACCCGAAACACAUCGGGGUCAACUGAACAGAAGCCCAUCUCACCUCCCAGGACACCAGUCAACCAUUCCUCAGCGUCAUCUCCCUUGACAACAGUUGGGCGGGGUGAUGUGGGCGUUCCCAUGCCAAAACAUAGUCAGUUCAUGCUGCGUGCACCACAUCCUUCUCAGGCGUCAGAGCUGUACUAUCAGGAGCCCCACUCUGCAUAUGACACGCCCCAUUAUCAACCAGCCUCAGGUUCGUACUACCAAUCUACUCUUCAUCCUCCUCACAAGCCCUGCAUGGCUCGCUUCCUUCGAUCCUCCAACGUCCCAGAAUCCUCUCUGCCGCCCUCCAUUGGCCCUCCACCGUCUUCCUACCCUAGUGACCCUCAAGUGUCGCACCCACCUUCCUCCUCUCCUUCGGGGUACCCGCCACACCCGCCUAGAGAUCGGAUGGGAGCUCCCGCCUUCCAUCACCACCCGGGGCAGCCUCAAUAUGGGCCUCUGGCUCCUGCUCAUGGUGUUUAUGCUCCCCUCUAUGACAGCAGGAGAGUAUGGAGGCCUCAGCUGUACCACAGAGAGGAUGCCAGGAGUAACUCACUGCCUCCAGAGGUGCUGCAGUCCUCUGUCUACCAGCCUCCAAUCAGGGAGAGAUUCAACUCUCUAGACAGUAACUACUGCUCUGGAGCUGAACACCGUGCAGGCCUACACAGGGAUUACGGCCGUGUUCCUCUCGGCUACGACGAUCUGUUUAGAAGGAAGCAGGAACAGUGGGCUCACCAUCACCACCAUCACAACACCAACAGGCCCUCCCAGUCCUCCCCCAUCUUUACCAUCGAUUUUGCAACUGAGCAUGUGGAGAGCAGUGCAGGCCAGUGUGUGGGGUGCAGGUUCAGAGGCGAGGAAAGUUUAGCACACUACUCUCCGUGGUCCUGUGGUACAUUCGGCCACUGUCUCAGCCCCUUUGAGCCCGAAACGCUCGCACACACCUCGACUCACUCCUGCUCAGAGCACUCGGUGAGACUCUUCCCGCAUGCACGAGAGUUGGACAGUAACGGCGGUGGAGGAGGAGGUGGGGUCAGUGGCAGCGGGAGUGGCGUCGGGAAGCGAUGGCUCCAUUCGUUGGAUCAUUACCGGCGCUUGAAAGACGAGGACCCGAUCAUUCCCUUUAGCGAGGGGCCCAUUAUCUCCAAGUGGGGUGCCAUAUCCAGGGCAUCUCGCACGGGCUACCACACCACCGACCCUAUCCAAGCCACGGCCUGCCAGCGCAGCGCCAAUACGACACCUAUCAACUUUAAAGAUUACAACCACCACUUGGAUCACAGCGACUACAGGUGGAGCUCCAGGGGAUCCGACUCCUCCAGUCACUCCAGUUUCCUAGAGAGUGAGCAGCUUUGUGCAUCAGCGCUUCACUGCCGUCGAACUUCGAUAAGCAGUGGAGAGAAAAUCGUGUCAGAUCUGCAAGCCCUUCAGACCGCCGCCUACGGCCGGGAUCGGGAUCAGGGCCGGGCCGAAAGCGAACCGGACCCGGAACGAGACAUCGAGCUCGAACUGUGCGCUCUUGACUUGGAGGAUUCAGACCACCAGGAGAUCAAGUCUCAGGAGUCUUUAGACCUGGCCACCCUGCAGUCUCAGGAUGCUUCCCACCUCCUCCCAUCACUCUGCUCCUCUCCCCUCCUCUCCUCUCCUGUGGAGGAGCAUCCCCACACAGAGGGUCCUUUGACAGAAAAGAUGGACGCUCACCUGCUGAAAAAGAUGGCCUUCAGGAAGUCUCUGUCUCCUGGAGGGUUGGUCUCAGGAGGUCUGGGCGUUGGCAGGCUUGUGCUGCGUACUGGACCUCCUCGACUGGGGGACACAUCGACCCGGGCUUGUCCGGAAACGCCCGGGACAGAGAUGCUGCUAAAUGGAAGCUAAGGGGACACAAAGUCAGACUCUGACCUGCGCUAAGUUAGAGCUGAGUUGCUUUCUCCUGGUUUAGGGGAAUACCAUUUAAUUCCAGCCUUCAUAUAUGUCAAUCAUAUGCCUAAAUACAACUAGACAGAUGUGGGUCAGCAGUCUGUGCUGCGACACGUCGUAAGGGGCCAGAGGAAACACAUUGUCCUGUCUCCCAAGUGGGGAUUUUCACCAAUGUACAGCUGCACACAGAAUUUAGUGAUUCACUGUGUAACCCAAUAAAAGACAUGAUGAGUUUGCCCGAACUGUAGAUUGCCACGACAUCGUAGUCGUGAGGUUUACACAUCAUCUAGUUUGUUGUCAUUCAACACAGCUGACUGCAAACGCGUAGGUGCCACUUUUCAUGCCACUUUUUUAGAUUUACUUUAGAAUUAUUUUUGACUCCUUUUUUGACUUUCUUUUCCUUUUGUUAUUCUUUCGUGACAGCCGAGACUAAGAUCCCAACAUACCGAAUUCUGUCUUGGUCCCGAUACUGAGUAUGUAAUUGCUCUCGAGCUUGUGUCUGUUUACACCAGAGCAGGUGAUGGUGAAGAGACACUUCACUAUCCAAAGCUACAUUAAACAAAUGUCACCUUUUAAAUACAAUUAUUUUUCAUGUCUUGCUAUCUCAUUACAUGUUCCAUGAUAAUGUCCUCACCCAGCUUAAUGCUCCCGAUUUAGUGUAUGGCCUUUGCUGUAUUGUUGCGGAAACAUUUUCACAAGUACUCCAUGAGAAAUUAAGAGAUAGCCGUUAUGACACAAAGAAGAAAUGGGCAAGGCACUCCCAACAUCUUAGAAAUAUAAGAACAGCGUAAAACAGAGGUCUUCACUAUGCCGAUACUCAAACAAGCUCUAUCUUUUACGAGUUGUAUGUUGACCACUGAAUUCCUUCGACUGUCAUGAGAUCACAGAACCCAAUGGCACAGCCAUAAACUGAAUGUGUUCAUUGGUCACUGGAGGUCAGGAGGGAUGACAACAGAACUUAAGAUGUGUGUAUUCUUUUUUUUACCAUACCAUACUAGCUUUAUUGUAUUCUUGAGUGACUACUACUGCAUAACUAAAGAAUACCAAUUACUCACAACAUCAAUGUUAUGUUCAGCUGCAGCUGGAGCUACUUUAGUAGAUUUCUACACAAGCCACCCAAAGCUACAAUCAAUCUUUAAAAACCUUUGUUUUAUCUUUGUGUGCCUGUCGUGGUUCUUCCUGCUGACUGUAAGCUAGAAACAGUCUCACCGGUCUCUCUCUCUCACACACACACACACACACACUCACACACACAUAGUGCACAUGUGCUGUCAUUCACACACAGUAGACACACACAUGCAGGACAGUGGCCUUCCUCUUUGUGUUAUUCAGACCUAAACAUUGAGCUCUGCAAUUGCUUUUGUCCGCGCCCACCGACAGACUCCUGUCCUGUUUCAGAGGCGUAAGCGUUGUCCGUGCUUUCCAAUCCGGUCACCUCUACGUACAAUGUCAACAAUAUUCAGAGGGCACGCGUGAUGGCUCAAGCUGAAGCCUACAAAAGUGAGGGCCACCACUUCGUGCUGUCUUUGUUUAACUUUUUGACAAUGUUUGGUUUCUUUUAUUUGAUGCAUUGCUAACUUCUGUGAAGUUGUAUGUUGAGGUAUUUUGUAUCAGGGUCUUUGUUACUCUUGUUUUGUUUGCUACAGAAUUGAUUGUCUUGUCUUAUGUCACUUCGCUGUCUAGUUCACUGUAAUUGUGUGCAGUAUGGGUGAUUUCCAUACAGCCCAGCUUUGCUUCACUUACUUUUAUAGAUAUGAGGCAUUCUGUCAUGUGUGGCUUUUGUCUUAAUGACUUUAAUAAAUAACGUGAAAACAUUAACUCAUUUUGAACAUA